ACACUACAACUCCCACGGGGCAGCGGGACACCGCUCCCGCACCCUCCAGGCCGGCAGGCCGCCUGCCUCGCGGCGGGUCCGGCAGCCACCGCAGGGCGGGGCGCGAAGAUGGCGGACGCGGUCGCGGGUAGAGACAAGUGCGGAGAGCCGCGGCUCGUGUCGCUACCCCUGUCCCGCAUCCGGGUCAUCAUGAAGAGCUCCCCCGAGGUGUCCAGCAUCAACCAGGAGGCGCUGGUGCUCACGACCAAGGCCACGGAACUCUUUGUUCAAUAUCUGGCCACCUAUUCCUACAGACAUGGCAGUGGAAAAGAAAGGAAAGCACUCACUUACAGUGAUUUAUCAAAUACUGCAGAGGAAUCAGAAACUUUUCAGUUUCUUGCAGAUAUAUUACCAAAGAAGAUUUUAGCUAGUAAAUAUCUGAAAAUGCUUAAAGAGAAGAGGGACGAGGACGAGGAGGAGAAUGACAGCGAUGAUGGGAGUAACGGGGACGAAGCAGAAUCCUAGACCAAACAGGAAGUGCUUUAGAAAUCAGCCUGCUGAGGACCCUCCUGGAUUAGCAGCAUUGCUUGGAAGUAAGCACAACACUGUGACUUUAGACUCCUCACUUUUUGGAGACUUCAAGUACAUUGGAUUCCUUCCUGGCUGAGAUAGAACACCUGAUGUGCCCAUACCAUAAAUGGCCAGAAGGAAAGUGACCCAGACAGCAGCCUCUCUCUGAGGGGCCCACGCUGCAGUUCAGGGGCACGGGGACACCGAGAGAGCUGCCUGUACAGUCAGGCCCUGACCGUUGAUCCGCAGCUGUAAGCUGUAGAGACAGAAAAUUUUGCUUCACUUUUUAAUUUACAGAUAGAUUUUGAAGAGCUUCUAAACACCAGUUGUGUAAAUUCAUAGAUGUAUAUUUGGAAAUUAGUUCUUGUAAACAACUAGAUGUAGUUUGAGCUAAAUAUAUAGUUUAUGGGUAGUAUGUUACAUUUGAAAAUUUGAAGAUUUGUCCAAAUACUGCAAUUUUUAUUAACUGUAAAGAAAUAAAUUUCUUUAUUAGAAGCUUUAUGUAGUUUUUUUAGUAAAUGCUUUGUGGAACUAGUUUUAGAGCUCUCUGUUGUUCUAAUGUCUUGCUUAUUACCUGAGACUUCUGCAAAAUUUAAAAAGAAGCAUUUCUAACACUUACUCGCAGAGGGGGGAAGAAUCUCAAGUCAAUUAAAUCAAAUACAAGAAGAAA